AUGCACACAGCAUACAUAUAUACUCUUAUAUAUUGUCAAACAAUAAUGUUAGGAUCAUUUGUUCCCUUAAAUACCGUUACCAUACACGAACGUUUUAGAUGUUGUCGAAGUAAUCGAUUCGAUUCAGAUUUUCCUGUAGAACUGUUUGGAAUUAUACAUCCAGCUGAAUUUGAUCAAUCGAUAAGCACUAUCAAUUAUGCACGAAAAAGCACUUUUCAUGAGAAAAUUCUUUUAUUUCUUUUUACUAUAGUUCCUAUAGUUGGAGCGAUAUCUUUCGUUACGCCUGGCUUAGUAUUAAUAGCAUUUGCAAGUCGCCCUGUAUGGAUAACAUUGUUAGCAAUUGGUGGUGUAUUAUUUAUAUUGAUAUUUCCUGGAAUCUUCGUGGGUAAUUGGGUUUCCAGAAGGCGUUUCCGUCGACUAAAGCAUGCUGUAGAAGUUGAAUCGCUAAGAUAUCUAGGAAAACGACCUAUACCUACAAGAUGGAGAUUGAAUUCACAUAGUUUUAGAACAUACAGUUCUCAAGGUGGCUCGAGAGUUCAAACAAUUUACUUUAUACAAAUUGAUAUUGGUCAAAGGAUAAAUGCGCAAUCUCGAGGUGAUGCAAUACAGUCUCAAAGGAAUUUGCCUGAACCAACAGCAUACAUUGGUCAAAAACCAAGAAUUCUUUUAUCCGCAUGA